AUGACUCAAGCCCUCCAGAAGUAUGAGAAGCUGGAAAAGAUCGGUGAAGGUACGUACGGGAAAGUUUACAAAGCUAAAAAUCGCGAGACACAUGAGGUCGUCGCAUUGAAACGUGUACGCCUUGAAGAUGAUGAAGAGGGCAUUCCUAGUUCGGCUUUCAGGGAGAUUUGCCUGUUGAAGGAACUUAAACAUAGAAACAUCGUUAGGCUCUAUGAUGUACUCAUCAGCGAGUCUCGACUCACCAUCGUCUUCGAGCACUGCGAUCAAGACCUAAAAAAGUACUUCGACGCAUGCAAUGGUGAGAUCGAUCCGGCAACAGUUAAGCUCUUUAUGUACCAACUGUUACGUGGACUUCAGUUUUGUCAUAUGAACAACGUCCUGCACCGUGACUUAAAGCCCCAAAACCUCCUAAUUAAUGCUAACGGCGAGCUAAAGCUGGCAGAUUUUGGACUCGCUCGCGCCUAUGGUAUUCCGGUCCGUCAGUACUCUGCGGAGGUCGUCACACUGUGGUACCGGCCACCAGAUGUUCUUUUUGGUGCCAAGAUCUACACCACCUCCAUAGAUAUGUGGUCGGCUGGAUGCAUUUUUGCUGAGCUUUCAAAUGCAGGCCGGCCUCUGUUCCCCGGAUUUGAUGUGGAUGACCAACUCCGACGCAUUUUCAAGUAA